AUGGUGCUGUAUUCCACGGUCCUGACGUUCAUCUGUAUCCCGAUUCUGGCCGUGCUGGCGGCCCGCACUUACAGACUAGUGGUCAAUUACCUGCGGGCGCGCAAGUUGGGGAUUCCCAUCGUCGUUCUUCCUUUCUCGUGGCAAGACGAGUGGUGGGUUAUCGUCUACCCUUACCUCAGAAGGCUCCGCGACGUGCCUGGCAUAGGAUACAUUUUCUUGUUCAGUUAUCAUUCAUGGCAACAGGACCAGCGUUAUCGUGCACACAGGGCGUACGGCGACGUCUUCGCCAUUGUGUCACCUAACAAAACCGAGAUCGAGGUCAACGACCCCGUCAUGGCCGUCGAGCUGCAAACCCAGUACAAGACUUGGAUCAAGCCCCAGCCGAUAUACGAGAUCUUCGACGGUUUCGGGCCGAAUGUGAUCAGCGUCAACGGCGAAGACUGGCAGCGCCAUCGGCGAGUCGUCAACCCGGGCUUCCGUGAACAGAACAACAGGCUCGUCUGGGACGAGUCGCUAAGACAAGCGAGACAGAUGAUCGAGGUCGUGACCGGUCGAUCAGGUGCCCGCCGGACCAUGCUCGAGGUCCGGAACGACUGCGUGUUGAUUGCAAUGCAUGUCCUGUCCGCCGCCGGGUUCGGGCACAUCCACGAUUUUGAUGGAGGCUUCCGCGAGAUUCCACAGGGACACAAAACCAGCCUUGCAGAGGCACUGAAAUUUCUACUUCAAAAUAUCAUCUUCUGCGUCGUGUUCAAAAACCUACCCGUGCUCCGCUGGAUGAUGCCCGCAUUGUCUCGACAGGUCACCGCCAUGACGAACGAGUUCACCCAAUACAUGAAGGAAAUCGUAGCCUACAAUCGAGCCAUCACACAGGGCGGUGGCAACAGCAGUGGUGCCGACAUCGUCAGCGCCCUGGUUGAGGCUGACGAAGCAGCAAAACGAGAACAAAAAAUGGCGGUACAGGGUGCCGGGGCGAAGCCAAUGUACCUCAGCGAUGCCGAGUUGUUAGGUAACUUGUAUCUGUUCAAUUUAGCGGGCUUCGAAACAACCGCAAACGCAUUGACAUAUACGAUACCGUUCUUGGCCGUCAAUCGUGAGAUCCAGGACUGGGCUGGCGAAGAAGUGGAUGCUGUGUUGAAAGGGAGAGAUGGUGAGAAGCUGGUCUAUGAGGAGGUAUUUCCGCUCCUUGUGAGGUGUAUGGCGGUUAUGUAUGAAACCCUGCGUCUUUGGGGCCCGACCCCCAGUCUAGAACGUUGGUGCGUCGACCAACCACACCCUCUUCGCGUCCAGGGCCAAGAGAUCAUGGUACCAGUCGAGACGUAUGUUUCAGUAAAUCUUUACGCUAUCCACACCGACCCGCGCUGGUGGGGCAACGACUCACUGAAAUGGAAACCGCAACGCUGGGUGGUAGUCGACCCGGCGACAGGAAAGGAGUCUAUCGCCCAUCCUCCGCCAGGCGCCGCAUUUUUGCCGUGGAGUGUCGGGCCUAGGGUCUGUCCGGGAAAGAAAUUCAGCCAAGUUGAGUUUGUGGCUGUUAUUUCGACGCUGUUGAGGGAAUAUCGCUUGAAGCCGCUGAUUAUGGAAGAGAAAAUGACGACGGAGAAGCAGGCCGCCUCAGCAUUGAUGGAGGUGCUGAGCGAUUCGAUGAACGUCAUUACACCGAAGAUGCGUCGACCAGAAGAUGCGGGCGUAGUAUUUGUUCGGCGAUAA